AUGAGUAGCAACUGGUUUCAUCGCAUCCUCUCCGAGCCCGUCUCAGCGCCGGCCGUGCCCAACCGGCCAGAUGCGUCGUCGUGGCCACCUCCCACGCCGCUGACACCGCGGUUCAGAGACCGCAAUGCGCCAGACUACCGCUACCAGGUCAACCAGAAAUGCAUCUACGAACGGCGGCUGCCGGGUGGGUCGUACAUCACGGCGCACGUCCAGCGGCUACAGUCGGGCUACUACGACAGCCCCGUGAUCCACGAGGACCGCAUCGACAACGUGCGCUUCGUGGCCAUCAACUUCGUCUUCCACCCCAGUGCCAGCACGUUCCGCUUCAAGUCGGCCGAGAUCAGCGUCGCCCUGCACCACGCGGGCCUGGACGACCGGAAUCCGCUGCAGGUGGUCGCCGGGCUGGCGGCGCCUAAGACUAGUCACGACCAUGGCACGCAGACUGAGACCGUGAGCAAUAGCCAGGCGCUGGUGAGGAGCCGGGACUGUGUGCACUUUCCGGGGUUCAAGCCUUCGCGGCCCAAGUUCCUCCGCCACGCGCCACACCUCCUCUACGGGAGUAUCUCGCCCGAGACGCUGAACUGGAACUUCAACCUUGCCGGGUCUCUCGGUGUUUCUCAAGGCCCCGCGAGCGCGACGUUCAACCCGUCGUACGGAGUCAAAAGCAGCUACAAGGUGUACGAGAUGAUGAAGAUUCAGGGGUCUGUGCGCACCCUCCGUUCGUGGUACGGGCGUGACUACGACAUCGAGGACGGCGAGCUAGUGUGGACGCUAGAAGAGAACCGGCUGCAGAAGUCCGGCCUGCCGCGCGAGUUCACCUUCGUCAUGCUGCUCACCAAAGGCAGCGGCGGGUUCGAAGAGUGCGGCGACGUCGAGCUCGAGAUUGACAUCCGCCCCAAAGUCGCCGGCAGGCUGGGUGCGGCGUAUUCGUCCCUGAUCACCAAUCUGCACCAGUACCAACCCUUCAAGCACGAGGUGCUGGACCUAGACAAGGAGAUUGGCCAGGUGUUUGAGCCACACGUCAAGGGCCGUGGCUUCAACUUUGCCAAUAUCGCGACCAGUUUCGACGACUUCGUCUGGCUGCCUGGGACGGCAUAUUCGACUUCUGACGCCGGUGUCCCUCAGUCGCCAACCGGCGCGGCAACACAACAGCACCAGCAAGCUCCUCUACAACAGGUAGCGCUGGCCCAGCAACAACCUCAGCAAGGAUCCCAAUCCCAAUCCCAUCAUCAAAAGCAGCAACACGGCCAUUCAGGGAACCAGCACCAGACCCCUCCGUCGGGAGACACGACACUCAACCUACGACUGAUUCUGGAACACUCACGAGAGAACGGGAGCCCCGUGCCCGUAGCAGCCGUUUCGCACCAGCUCGUCCAGCAACAGCCGCCGUACGUGAUUCUCAACGCAGCCCCUCGAAACCCGUCCCGUGCACAAUCACCUCUGCCUGCCGCAUCCAUCACGACCAGCGGCGGCUCGCAGCGCUCGACGACCCGGCGGACCGUCACGAUCGGCUCGCCGUCGUCGAGGUCCGUCCGCAAACGGCGCUCCCGCACCGAGUUGUCCAGGGAGUAUCAUUACAAUGACAAGGCCUCCCCAACCGAAGCAGAAGAACAAGAACCGCGACACUCGAGAGAACGUCAGGCCGUUCCAUUGCCGGGAUUCAGUGGCCAGAGAGCAUCUCCGUCUCCGUCCCAGUCCCGGAAUUCAGCUCCAGCAGGACGACCCUUUUCAUUCCACCAAGAGGGUGGGAAGGGAGAUGAUGCCCUGCUCCAGGACAGCAGUGCGGCCGCCCCGACGCGGCCGGAAUGGAAUGAUCAUACCCCGCCACGGAAGAAGAACGCUUCCACAUCUCCAAUCCGCCCUUCCUCGAGCCCGGAAUAUACCACGCCGCCUGCGUAUCCGCACCGCCCCCUUUGUUAG